AUGAAUAUCACCAACUCGGAAAAGAAGCUGGCCGGCGGCGUAGCCGUCAUCACUGGCGCUGGUGCUGGCAUUGGGUCUGCUUUCGCCCUUCGCGCGGCUGAACUAGGCAUGACUGUCGUCGUGACUGAUGUCUCUGCACCGCGCGCCGAGGCUGUCGCCCAAUCUAUCAGAGAAAAUGGUGGUAAGGCUGAACACAAGGCCAUCGAUGUCUCGGUGCCAUCGGAACUCGAGGCACUGGCAGAAGAUGUCUUCGCUCGCCAUGGCCACGUCCGUUUACUCAUCAACAACGCUGGCAUCGAAAUCCUCGGCUUCUCAUGGGAGAUUCCUGCCUCACGCUGGGACGCCAUUCUCGACAUAAACGUCAAGGGCGUCAUCAAUGGAGUCAGAGCUUUUGCUCAACGCAUGAUCGACCAAGGCGAGGAGUGCUGGAUCGCCAACCUUGCAAGCAUCGGUGCAUUUAGCGUAUUCCCAACCCAAACCGCCUACAUUGUCACCAAGCAUGCGGUCCAGGCUUUCUCCGAGGGCCUUUUUCUGGAAAUGCAGCUCAAGAAAACCUCGGUCAACGUGUGCUCGGUUAUCCCAGGUAUGCUCAAGACGAGCAUCUUUGACGCUGAGCCCGGGGCGGGAGAACCCGCCAGCGCUAAAACAUAUCGACAAAUGAUGCAUUCGGCGAUGCACACUUAUGGCAUGGAUCUCAAUGAGGGGGUUAAAAUCAUGAUGCGUCAGAUCGCUGAGGGCAAGUUUUGGGUUUCGUCGCAGCCGGAGAUGACAGCACAGGCGGUUAGACGACGCGUGGAGUUCCUCAAGGAUCAACGAGAUCCAGCCAUCGCUGAGGAUUCGAAGCACUUGUUAGGACUUUAA